GAACGCGGGCAGCCAAUGGGAGGCGCCGCCCGCCUCGCCAACUGCCGAUUUGAAUCGGAGCCCGCGAGGCGGGGGCCCGGGACAGUGUGUAGGUCAUUCACUCAGGCAGCAGCCGCCCGGAGCACACCUGACCUACUCUCCGCUCCACGGGCACUGGAGCAGCAGCAGCCGCUCGGACCGGACCAGACUCUCUACUCCACGGCCAGUGUGCAGUCUGCAGCCGCUCCAGACCCCCUCUCUGCUCCGCGGCCAGUUCUCGGCUCCAGCCCCAGGCACACACACCCCCCGUCCACGAUGACUACGGUGCCCGUCAAGCCGGCGGCCAAGUCGGCGGCUGCCCCCAGCCCGCCCGACAUCCCCGAUAUCCUGGUCAACCCCAAGAGCAUGAAGCGCUACACCCGUGGCCGCUUCCUGGGCAAGGGCGGCUUCGCCAGGUGCUACGAGAUCACGGACAUGGAGACCGGCGAGGUGUUCGCCGGCAAGAUCGUGUCCAAGACGCUGCUGCUGAAGCCGCACCAGCGGGAGAAGAUGACGAUGGAGAUCUCCAUCCACAAGAGCAUCUGCCACAGCCACGUGGUGGGCUUCCACGGCUUCUUCGAGGACGACGACUUCGUCUACGUGGUGCUGGAGCUGUGCCGGCGCAGGUCUCUGUUGGAGCUGCACAAGAGGCGCAAGGCUGUGACUGAACCCGAAGCCAGAUAUUACCUGAGGCAAACUAUCCUGGGCACCCAGUAUUUACACAACACCCAUGUUAUCCAUCGGGAUCUCAAGUUGGGCAACCUCUUUCUCAACGACGACAUGGAAGUAAAGAUAGGUGACUUUGGCCUGGCUACUACAGUGCAAUAUGAAGGAGAGCGCAAAAAGACACUAUGUGGAACUCCCAACUACAUUGCCCCAGAGGUGAUUGGCAAGAAAGGGCAUAGUUUUGAAGUUGAUGUCUGGUCUUUGGGCUGCAUUAUGUAUACACUACUUGUGGGGAAACCUCCAUUUGAAACUUCCUGCCUUAAGGAGACAUACAUGCGGAUAAAGAGAAAUGAAUACAAUAUUCCUAAGCACAUCAACCCUCUGGCUGCUAAUCUCAUUCAGAAGAUGCUGCGAUCAGAUCCAAGCACACGACCCAAUAUCCAUGAACUGCUGAAUGAUGAGUUCUUUUCAACUGGCUACUUGCCUGUCCGAUUGCCCACUACUUGCUUGACCAUGGCUCCCAGGUUCUCUCUGGCUCCUGGUGGAAUUGAUUCCAAUAUGCGAAGGCCUCUUGCUGAACUCAACAAAGAUGCUCCCGGUGGAGACAAACCAGGCAAGUCUGAAGAUGACGAGGGAGUAGUCAGGGAAGUGGGCGAGUGCAAUGAUUUCUACCUCACGGAUCUUUUGCAACAGUUAAGCAGUGUAGUAGCAGCAAAACCAGCUGAUAAAGCUGUGAUCAGACAAGAGGAGGCUGAAGAUCCAGCGUGUAUACCAAUCUUUUGGGUCAGCAAAUGGGUGGAUUAUUCUGAUAAAUAUGGUUUGGGUUAUCAGUUAUGUGACAAUAGUGUUGGUGUCCUCUUCAAUGAUUCUACUCGUUUAAUAAUGUACAAUGAUGGGGAGAGUCUACAAUACAUCGAUCGCAACAUGGUUGAGUCUUAUCUGAACUUUAGAUCUUAUCCUCCCAGCUUAAGCAAAAAAGCGACUCUGCUGAAAUACUUCAGCAACUACAUGAGUGAGCAUUUGCUGAAGGCGGGAGCUAACAUAACCCCCAGGGAAGGCGAUGAGUUGGCAAGGCUACCAUUCCUGAGGAUUUGGUUUAGGACACGCAGUGCGAUUGUCUUGCAUCUUAGCAAUGGGACUGUUCAGAUCAACUUCUUCCAGGACCACACUAAGAUUAUCGUGUGCCCACUGAUGAAUGCAGUGACGUACAUUGAUGAUAAGCGGGAGUUCCACACGUUCAAACUGAGCAUGAUUGAGGAGCACGGUUGCAGCAAGGAACUGGCAAGUCGCAUACGUUAUGCACGCACCAUGGUGGAAAAGUUGCUUACAACAAAAGCUGUGGGAGCAAAAGUCAAACCUACAGCGUGACCACGAUUUCUGGACUUUACCCGUUCUGGAUGUAGAGAGUGAAAUUUUGUAAAUACACUUUGUGAGGCUUUUGUAUUAAAACACUUGAAUUGUCGGAGCAAGCGGUAUGCUUUAGAGUUGAUGGGGAAAAGCAUGGUUUCUCUCAUUAUGUGUAGUGACUUGAGGCCGAUGAGAUCAUGUAAAUUAUAAGCUGUAUCAUACUUGCUGCUUUCACUCCUUUUUGUGUGCAGGUGUUCUCCAGCUGUUUGAAGUCAAAUGUUGAAGCACUUUGUACUCCCAGGUGCCACUCCUUCCUGGGCAGCUGUUUACAUCUUUGUUACUUUGUCUUAUCUCCCUCCCCAACCUCUUGACCCAAGAUGAAAUCCUGGUUUGCUGAGCAUAUUAGCCAGGAAGUUGAUGCUGUGCCUCAUUUCAAUUUGGUUAACAUUAAAAUAGGCAUGUCACAAUUAUGAAUAUCUUUCUCUUGAACUCUGCCUACUUCUAUUGUGGAAACUCAUGCAGCUGGACAAAUAUUGCAAAGCUUUCAGAACAGACAUUGACAUUGACAUGUCUGUUUUGUAGGAAAACAUUAAUGCAAUUUUUAAUGUAAUAUUUUCAGGAAUAAAGAUCUGUUCUUCAGUA